GACACGACGAGGAUCAUGAUACCUCAGAAGUUGCGGACGGAGAUCAAACCGUCAGAUGAAAUUGGCGGGAAAACAAGCACCGUGCCCAGCCAGCUGAGGACUUGUUGAAAUAGUGUCAGGGGCAUGCGUAUACCGGAUAUCGAUUCCACACUUCACUGCGUGAUCCAGACUGUCGGUAUUUCAGAAUCCCAGCUUGCAGAUACUACCCAAAGGCUUCGUCUAAAAGUGACGCGUUCUCUCAACGGGAGCCAAUUUUGUUUCAUCUUUUUCAAAGUCAAUUCUGCAGCAGUUGAGCCUCCCAUAAUAGGCCUACUGAAAAUGUCAUGUUCAAAGCCUGGUUAGACGUAUUGCUUGGACUUUCUCGGUGCACGAUAAACAAAUUUGAUCAAGCUGAGUGUUUGACAUCAAUCCGACUUUUCAAGAAGCUUCAUCCGUUAAUCGGCGAGUGACCAAGAACUGCGUGAUUCUCAAAAAGCAGGAGGCUCAGUAUCAAAGAACGUCAGCCAUGGAUCCCACAACAGAAAUGACGUCACUGGGUGGUCAUCCGACCGAUGGGGUACCAGACUUGAUUGCGGGAAACCAAGAUAAUGGUACGACACCAGCCUACGAUGACGAUUACGAUCUAGAGUAUGCAUGGUUCCUGUAUUACCUGGAGCGGCACCUGACUAUUGCCAUCUACGCCAUAACCAUAAGUCUGGGUACCAUAGGCAACCUCAUCGUCGUGUAUACGAUCUGGAGGUGUCGCCAUCUUCACACGGUCAUGUACACUCUGAUAGCAAGCCUCUGCAUGGCCGAUUUGAUCAUGCUGUGUUUGGUGUUACCGUGGAAGCUCAACAUUUCCCUAGUCUACGGGCAUUUCCCGUACGGGGACUUCAUGUGUAGGGCACCCACCUAUUUGCACAUGUUGUCCGCAGUCAGUUCGGUUUUGCAUCUCACUGCCAUCAGCUUAGAACGCUGUUAUGCGGUCAAGUUCCCGUUGAGGUCCCGUACCGUGUUAACUGUGGGAAACGCCUACAAGAUUGUGACGUUCGUCUGGAUUGCAGCGGUACUCUCAAGCAUACCAAGUUUCUUCCAGGUGGGUACUAGGACGUAUGUGGACGACAAAGGACCGUUUGACGUAUGCCAGCUGGUAUGGACCAAAACAGGCAAUCGGGCCUACGCUCUCUACCAGUUUUUCCUGGUAUUCGGCGUACCCAUGGUCUUGAUCACAGGGGCCUAUGCCUUCAUCAUGCACACGCUCUGCACCCGCCGGGUACCAAGCGAGAGCACCAAGUCUGGUGCCGUGGCCAUGAGCCAAUCACGCAAAUACCAGGCAGGCAGUGCUCGCAACGGAUCCAUGUCUGGCUCCGUGUACGUGGCCAAUGGUACGCAGAAGUUGAAUCAUAAAUCGGCCAAGAACAAGGAGGCAGAAAUCAGACAGAUGACGACAAUGAUAAUGCUUAUCGUCGUCAUGUUCAUCAUAUGCUGGGGGCCACUCCUGUCCUUCACGAUCGUCAAGAGAUUCGAAUUGGUGGACAUUUUCGAAAAUAGGUGGCAUAUAACGGAUAUGGUCUUCAACUUGAUGAGUUUCCUGAAUAGCGCCAUCAAUCCGAUCGUCUACGCCCUGGUAUCUGCGAGCUUUCGACAGAGCUGUAUCUGGGCCUUGAAGGUUUGCUGCAAGUCUCGAAAGGUCCGCCGGAGACCGAGCGGCGUUUCCAAGGCAACGACAGUCAGUCGCGUCGGUUUGAGCCACACGGGCGGGUCCACUGUUACUGACAAUGUCAGUGUGUCGUCUGCGUGUGCUGCAGACAAAGUCUAAGGAACAACAACUACAGACAAAGUCUUGAAAAUGUCGGAAGAUGUAGAAAAUUGUACAAAUAUUAAAGAUGUACAAAUAAUUAUUAAAGGACACUGGAGUAUAAGAGCUGCGAAAGUAGUCAGUCCAUAAAUUUGGGUCAAAUGUGUUUUUUGUCCCUGUUACAUCAGAUAUAAGAUUUUGUAAGUUCAGGACACAUUCUUCAAUGCCUUCUUAUAUCCAAGAAUAAUAUCGUGAAGCGAUGUAGCUGCCAAACAAAUACAAAACUAGUUUGAAGUCAAUUACUUAAUGAUACUUGAAAUGGCAAAUUACACAGGUCAGGUGUAGCAGGGUCACAACAUUGUCACACUUUUGAGCCCCAAAUUCAUGGAAUGACCCAAGAUUACGGAUUCCACAGAGCUGGAAUUUCCUGGCCACCUCCUUUUCUGUUUGUUGGUUUGAAAUUCACACAUUUGUAAUAUAAUUUGCUCAUAUUUGUCAGUAUAUUGUCUUUUUAUUGUUUCCAACAAAAAUGUAGCCAUGUAGAAAGGGUUACGGCUCCUUUGGACACAAGUUUGUUUCAGAAAAAUAGUCGAGAAAAUUAAAGAAUCCAUCCGCUAUCUUGGAAAAUCCGCCAUCUUGAGGGAAAAAAAGAGCCCUGCUCCUUCAGUAUUUUGAAAAAAAGCCGGACGAGAAACUAUUUAUUUUACUCAGACUAAACUGUCAACUGUGUUUCAUCGGGAUGUAUAAUAAUGAGUGUAUUGUGGUUAGUGUAUAUAUUUUUUCUACGCCAAAUGACUUCAAGAUGUCUGUAAGAUAAAACAAUCCCUAUUUUGUAGGUAGUAUUCUACCUCACCACGCUCUAUAUAGUGCACAUGCCUUACCAAGUGAACUUUUAUACCAGACUUAAGUAAGAUGUUGUUAUCCUUUCGAGGACAGCGGACAAUGGGUUACUUUCGAUAACAAUAACCCCGAGGACCUGUGCCUAAGUCCUCGGAAGUUUUUUUGUGUACAAACCUUACGGGAGAAGUAGAGAAAAAGUUAAAGUCCAAACCAUAGGAACAAAGGAGGGGAACAAUAAGGGUCCUCGUAAGCAUAGUAAAAAAAACCCCACACGACUGGGUGUGUCGGCUGCAUAACAAAUCAUUUAUUACAUUUAGAC